CAAGAUGGCGGCGCCCAGUGGCUCCAUGAGCGAUUCAGAAAGCAGCAGCAGCAGUGGCGAAGAGGAGGAGUUGGCGCGUUGCCGCGAAGCGUCGAUGCCGGCUUGGGGCUUGGAGCAGAGACCCAGGGGGCUGGAGUUGCCAAAAGCCGGUGCUGUAAAUAACCAGUUGCCAACCAUCCAGCCAAGCCUCAGGUGUAAGGUGGAUGAGCACGAACAAGAUGGGAAUGAGCUACAGACCACCCCUGAAUUCCGAGCCCACGUAGCCAAGAAGCUGGGCGCCCUGCUGGACAGCUCCAUUACCAUCUCAGAAGUAGACAAGGAACCAACAAAGGCUAAGGUACAGGAAGCUCUCUCAGAGGAUGAUGGCUUCCGCCUCUUCUUCACAUCCAUCCCCAAAGGCUCUGAAAAGGAAGCUUCUCCCCAGCCCCGCGGAAAGCGACUGCCCUCCAGCUCCAGCAGUGAAGAUAGUGACGAGGAGUGGAAGCGGUGCCGGGAGGCAGCUGUGUCAGCGUCCGACAUUCUCCGAGAGUCAGCCAUCCACAGCACUGUCAAAGUGGUUAAAAAGGAAAAAAGGGAGAAAAAGAAACAGAGAAAGAAAGCCAAGAAGGAGGCCAGUGUCACAUCAGCUACAGCCACCACCAUCAUAGGCAGGGCCACGGUCCAGGAGCAGGAAAAGGAGACGGCUGAGCUCAAUGGGGACCAGAUGUCACUUGGGACCAAAAAGAAGAAAAGGAAGAAAAAAACAAAGAGGACCAGUGAAGCUUCUCCAUCACUGUCAGCAAAGAGUGCAGGAGCCGUGCCUGUAAACUGACCCCAGCCUGAGGUGCUCAUUGUGGGCAAGACAUUUCCUGCCUCUCUGAGUUCAGGGGCUUGGCUGGCAAGUCCAGACUCUGCCCAGGAGACCCUGAUGAUGAUGGGGGCUUUGCCCAAGGGACAGGGAAAUGCUGUGAUUGCUGGGAGAGAAGCCUAAGCAAUCCUGCCCCUGUCUGCUCCCACUGCAGGCUGGGGCAGGCCUAUGGUACUAGAACUUUCCGUGACCUUGGGAAGAAGGAGGCUUAAAGUUAUUCAAGGCUGAUUGUCAAGUGGUAAAGCUCCCAUCUCCCCCGCAGCACACUCCUGAGAGUGCUCUCUGUGGUGGGCAGGUAAAGGAAGACCUUUCUCCUUCCCCUUCAUCUCCUCAGCCCCAGUGUGAAAACCAAUCUUUAGAAAAUGAAGGAAGCAGUCCCUGAGAUGCCAAUGCCCAGCGAGAGUUUUGUACUUCUCCCCCAGGCCAUGUAGACUUGAUAUAAUACUGUCUGAAAAAGGACAGAGAGAUUUUUUUCCUCCCUAGCUUUCCAGAAUUUUCUUUCUCCACAUUUAUGAAUGUACCACACACAAUCAUGUCACUGAGCCAACCAGCUUGUCAAAAAUAAAUUGUGGUACCCAAAACUUAACAAAGUGAUUUGGGUACUGCCUCUCCAUCAA